ACUCAGGUGAGAACAAAACGGAGAGCUUCAACGUUCAUUUGAGUGCAUGUUACCAUUAAAGGACUUUAGGGACAAUCCUGGAAUCGCCCCGCAAUAUUUGGCCGGUGCACGAUGGACAAAGCAAGAGAUGUGCAGGAGGAAGUCACAUGGAACAACAAGAUUGAGUACAUGCUGACCUGCAUCGGUUUUGCAGUCGGCAUUGGAAAUGUUUGGCGUUUCCCCUACCUGUGUCAGAUUUAUGGAGGAGGAGCGUUCCUCAUCCCCUACCUGAUUGCAUUGGUGUUUGAGGGUCUCCCCUUGCUCUACUUGGAGAUGGCAAUUGGACAGAGGCUCCGCAAAGGAAGCAUCGGAGUGUGGAAGAACAUCUCGCCCUUUCUGGGUGGAGUGGGCAUUGGCUCCAUGAUUGUAUCGUUCCUGGUGUGCAAUUUCUAUAAUACCAUCCUGGCCUGGGUCUUUUGGUACUUUUUCAACUCCUUCCAGAACCCUCUGCCAUGGAGCCAGUGUCCACUCAACGAUAACCGUACAGGCUUGAAUGAAGAAUGCGCGAAGAGCACCCCGGUCAAUUACUUCUGGUACCGUCAGACCCUCAACAUCACCACUGACAUUUCGAUCAGCGGUUCUCUUCAGUGGUGGUUGGUGGUCUGCCUGGCCUGCGCCUGGUUGAUCAUGUAUAUCUGUAUGAUCAGGGGAAUCCAGUCUGUGGGGAAGGCUGUGUAUGUGACAACCACCUUACCCUACGUGGUACUCACCAUUUUUCUGGUCCGUGCCCUCACCUUAUCCGGUGCUGCAGAUGGACUGGUGUAUCUCUUCACUCCAGAUUGGGAGAUACUGAAGAACCCUCAAGUGUGGUUAGACGCCUCGACCCAGAUCUUCUUCUCGCUUUCCGUGGCCUUUGGAGGCCUGAUAGCCAUCUCCAGCUACGCUAAUGAGAAAAACAACUGCGAGAAGGACGCAGUCAUCGUUGGAUUAAUAAACAGCGGCACGUCUCUAUACGCCGCCAUUUCCAUCUUUGCCAUCCUGGGUUUUAAAGCGAACGCCGGUUUUAACACCUGUCUAGAAGAAAACAUCUUGGCUUUGACCAACCACUUUGAGUUUUCUGACCAGAAUAUAACAAGGGACAAUUAUGACCACUGGAUUAAGUAUCUGAAUCAAACAAAUCCAGAUGAGCUGGCCAGUCUACAACUGAGACCCUGCGUCCUGAAAACUUUCCUUGACCAGAGCGCUUCUGGAACCGGCCUGGCUUUUAUCGUGUUCACCGAAGCGGUACUGGCGAUGCCGGGUUCGCAGAUAUGGGCGUUAUUGUUUUUCCUAAUGCUCUUCAGUUUAGGACUCUCCUGCAUGUUUGGUAACGCAGAGGGAGUCCUAAGGCCCUUCAAUGACCUCAAUCUGCUACCCAAGUCGGUACCCCAAUCACUUAUUACAGGGGCCUUCUGCUUGAUUUCAUUUUUGAUUUCGCUCAUUUUCACCAUGGGUUCUGGAAACUACUGGGUGGAGGUCUUCAACAGCUACGUGGGCUCGGUUCCCCUGCUCAUUAUUGCGCUUUUUGAACUUAUCGGAGUCGUUUAUAUCUAUGGAAUGAGAAAUUUCAGUGAAGACAUCUAUUUCAUGACUGGGAAGAGGCCAAAUAUUUAUUGGAGAUUUUGUUGGACUUUCAUCAGUCCUUUAAUGCUUCUGGUCGUGUUAAUUGCAUAUGUGGUCCUCCAAGCCCAGAAACAUCCCACAUACCCUGCAUGGAAUCCUGCUUAUGAACUCUUUCCCAAAACAGAGACGAAGCCCUACCCAGACUUUGUGUUUGGCAUAAUCGUCCUCCUUUGUACAGUGCCAGUGGUUCCCAUCCCACUGAUGGCUCUCUACAAAGGAAUCCAAAAGGUCAGGAAGAGGUCUUCUACACCAGGGGGACUAAACCCGUACGCCAAUGAAGCUUUUGAAAACGAAAUGCAGAAACAUCAGGAGCAGUAACCUCUGCAGAUGUUAUCAUGAACUAUCUUUGCAUUCCUGAAAAGGAACCUCCUGAGCACGUCUUUGCUUUUUUUUUUUGUGUUCUUACCUUCUGUAAAGAAUCUGAUAUUGUCGUCUUUUGGGAGAUGAGUAGUUUGUAGUUAUACUUCAUGACUUGUGGGGGAGUGGGAAGGAAUUCUGGCAUCAUAACAAAGGAGGUUUUUGAGAGAGACCGAGGCUCUAUGGCUAUAUGUCACUCAAUAAAAGUUGAGCCUACUUACGCAAUAUCAUGUAGAAAGGCAAACCCGGUGUACAUCUGCACUUUAUU